ACAUUAUAGCCCAUGUGCUGAAAGGGCAAUCGAAGGGUUUUUUCUUGUUUAUUUAUUCCUUUUGCUUGAGCAAAUAAUAGUCAUGCAGAGACUGUUGCCGUGGUUCGCGCUGGCGAGCGUGUUGUGUAUGGGGAGAGCGGGGGUAUUUUUCACGCCCUCGGUCAAGAACAACAUUACCCUUCUGAUGCCAGACGGAGUCCUGGUACCCCUGUGGCCGGGCACUCCUCCAGGUCCCCCCGUGUCGCAUCGGUGGUCGCACUUGCCUUUGUCGUAUCCCUUCCUUGACGGGUUCAAGGUUCGCGUCACCACCACAGUCGGGGGUGGGGACGACGACGACGACAGUCAAGAGGAUGAGGAUUCGUCUCGGGAGGCGAUGGCAGAGGCACCCGCAGGCGGCACAGAGCCAGAGGUCACUCCUUUACCCUCAUCCUCCAGUAAGCCAUGCUGCCAGGGCACCUCCGCCUCAGGAAGCUCGGCUCCCGGGGACCACCUCAAUUCCUUGGACUUCUACCCGGUUCAGAGGCUUCCACGGCCACCCCUAGUUGUGUGGCCUGAGUCCACCAGCCAGUACAGGCCUCUUAACGUGUCUAUCAAGGAGACGGGGAUACCCAACUCUCACAACUACAAGAUUUAUUUCCAGAAUGAAGAUGGCCCCGUCUCUCCUUUCCACGAUAUUCCGCUCUUCGCCAAUGAAGGCAACAAGAUCUUCAACAUGGUGGUAGAAGUGCCACGCUGGACCAAUGCCAAAAUGGAGAUCUCCACCAAGGAAUACCUGAACCCCAUCAAGCAAGACGUAAAGAAAGGGAAACUCCGCUAUGUAGCCAACUGCUUCCCACACCACGGAUACAUCUGGAACUAUGGAGCACUGCCCCAGACAUGGGAGGACCCCAACCACAUUGAUGAGGCUACAAGUUGCAAAGGUGAUAAUGACCCAAUUGAUGUGUGCGAGAUUGGAUACCGUGUGGCAAAGAGGGGAGACGUCAUCCAAGUCAAGGUAUUGGGCACACUGGCUUUAAUUGAUGAGGGAGAGACUGACUGGAAGCUCAUUGCUAUUGAUGUGAAUGACCCGUUGGCUCCCCAACUCAGUGACAUUUCUGAUGUCGAGAAGCACAUGCCAGGCUUCCUGAAGGCAACUGUGGAAUGGUUCAGGAUCUACAAAAUUCCUGAUGGCAAGCCUGAGAAUCAGUUUGCAUUCAAUGGAGAAGCCAAGGAUAGGGAGUUUGCCCACAAGAUUAUCCUUGAGACCCAUGAAGCUUGGAAAAACCUAGUAGAAGGCAACUCAGAUGCUGGUGGCCUUGACAUUGGGUCUGUUAUGGUUCCCCAAGCUGCAAAGAAGCUUCCAGUGAAUGAAGCCCAAUCAACCAUUGAUGGUGCCCCAGAGGUUGGCCAGCCACAGCCUGUGGAUCCUAAAACUGAUACCUGGCACUAUGUUAGCUUGAAGUGACUUCCGUGGCCAUCGCGACUGUGAUAGUCCCUGGUGAUACUACAAAACAUCUUUACAACUCAGUUUCCGGUGACUUGUACAUUAUAAAAAAUAUACUUGGAAUAUAUAAUGCUGGAAUAACAUCUAUUUGAAAUUUUCCAGUAUUACGAGUCAUAUUUUACUACUCUCUGCUCCUUUGCAUAUUUAACAGAGGCGUCACCAGGGAGUUGGUACUCUUUUUUUUGUAUCACUGGACGAACAAAUAUUUAUAUAUUUAA